AUGGCUUCUCAAGAAUUUACUGUAUUAUAUACUCACCAAAAAUUGAAAAAAUCAAAAACAUGGCAAGAUGGAACUCUGAGGAUUAGAACUGGUGGAAAUAAGGCUGUCUUGUUUGAUGACAAAGGACAAUGUCUGGAGAGUAUUUUUAUAAAAUCUCAGGUGAAUGCUGGAGAUGAUUUAGAAAGCGAACGAUAUUUGAUCACAGUUGAAGCAGUAAAAGUGAAUGAAAAAUCUUCUGAAGAUCAGCCAAGGGAAGCAGAAACUCCAGCAGUGGCUAGAAAUGGUGUAAAACCUGGUGUUCUGCCUCCAAGACAUCUGUCUGUCGGCUUGAAAAGGAAGUUUACGGGUUUCCAAGGACCACGCCAAAUUGAAAAGAAAAUAUCAACAGCGGAAGAUGGAGAAAACCCAGCACUAUUGCCUUUGCCUAAGCAGUGUCGGGGUACUUUUCCAUCCAAGUUUUACAUUACCUCUCCGUUAUUUUCUACGAUUUGCAAGAAAGAUGCAGAAACAAAUCCAUCCGCAGACUUUCUCGAAGAUGCACGUACGGAUAACGAUAGAGAGCACAUGUCUCUCUCCUCGUUGCUUUCAGCUCCAUUUCUUGACAGAUGCGAGGAGACAGAGAAGCAAAACUCUGAUGAGUCCAUUGUGAAGCCAGAUUCUCCUCUAAUGACUGGGCACGCCAAAUCUAGCAGUCGAACAGCCGGUCUCGGGGCAGUGUCACGCAACAUCAGGAGCACAGCGCAGAUAAUAGCUCUCUUGAAGUCUAAACCAACGUAUGGAUGCAGAGAGCAAACGACGUCUGAAGUCACAGAUGGUCUUUCUCAGUUUCAGGCAUCGGAAAACGCAGAUAGUUUAUAUAACCAAAAAAGCACAAUCCUACCUGCUUUUUCAGGCAACCCUGCCGAAAGACACGUUCAAAAUACUCAGCGCCUGCCUUUCACGAAGGGAUCCGUAAAUGAUCAAAAGGAAUGGAAUGCUGAAACGCUUCUAAAUUCAGCUGACCGACCUUGCGAUGGAGAAGUCACGAGGCAGAGACGUGACGAAAAGGCAAAUAAUUUAAGUCAAGAUUUACGAGAUCCCCACAAUACAAGUAGUUGCUUCCUACCUGAAUCCACCGUAAGUAGAGUGAGCGACAGUCGGUUUCUCCCGUCCUUAGGUGACAUUUCAUGUUCAGCAAGUCCAGUCGCCUUUGACAAAACUCUCUCCGGAUACAGGGAGCAUCCAGUGUCUAACGGUUUUAAGGAGAACUCAUCUGGGAAGUUGCAAAGUGAGCUGCAGCCAAGACAAAAUUCAGAAAGAGUGCCUCGUGACUCAGAGCUCUCUGUGGACGUAACAUGGACCGAAAUCGGAAUUAGAAAGGAGGAAUUAAGUGCGCUUGGCAAAGACUGUGAUCCAGAUGAACAGGUGAUGGAGGUUAACUUUAAUCUAAUGGAGGCUUUUGAUUUUAACGACACAGACAACGAAGACCUCUGUGAAAGAGAUGUGAAUAAGCUCACUGAAGGAGACGUGCUUUCACGAAGUCCAGAUGGCUUAAAGGGAGAAGAUGUCGCACAAAACAGUGCGUUGAGAUUUCAUCCCUGCUGCGAACUCGUGGGCCACGGUAAAGACAAACGAGUCAAAUGUGCAACGUUUGACAGAGAGAAUGAUGGAAAUCACAGCGCUGAGGGUAUAGCACCUCAGCUUGGUGACAACAAUGCCAGAGAUGCAGGGAGAAUUGCAGAAGACUCUGCAAACCAGACCAGAACUGAAGCGGAACUUUUGGGUGACGGACACGACGUAGAAGAGAUUAAUGAAAGUCAAUUAAGCAUUGAAGCCACAAACAGUAAGGAUCUUGAUGGCUGUGCAGCACGUACCAUUAAUGGCAUGUCAUGGAUAAAAAACAAGCACUCUGAUCUUUUGCCUGGUGACACAAAUGUUAAUGAAUGUCACUCUAAAACCAGUAUGUUUGAGGAAACUGGAAGUAUUUCAUGUAUUUCUACCAGCAGAAUAAUUUCUGCAACGGACAAAAGGACCGAAGAUGAUGUUAUACAGCUUGGAUGCGUGAAACCCCCAGGUGCUGAUUUAGAACACUUCUGGGGUACUAAGAAUGAUGACUUUAAACCAGGUAGUCCUUUGCUGGCUUUGUCACGACAAUCAGAUCCUAGCUAUGGCUCGUUCCAAUAUAUCGCAGAGGAUAAUCAAAAGGUAUUUGGCAUUUCACAUAAGGACGAUACUCUCAUUUCCAAAAGUUCUGUCUAUUCUUCAGGACAAGGCCAUUCACCUCCAGAGGAAACAGCGAUAGGUGAAACCGAGUUUGAAAACGUAGAGAGCGAAAAUGCCUUACGUGAAGGCUGCAGAGGUGAAAGAAUGGGAAUGGAUUGCCUGGAAUGCACGGCAAUGGCUGGAAAUUCCUCAGAUCUUCCUGACUGGGUAAACAAUAUCGCUCUUGUAAGAGCUUUGACUCAACAUAGCACAGCAUUAGAAAGCUUACAAAAGAUGGAGGAAAAUAAUAGCGUGUUAUAUGAAGCAGAGACUUCUAAAGAGAUAUUUGAACCCCUUGUGAAAGAUGAAGCUAUAAAAGAGUUUACAGAAAUGCCUUACUCAGAAAGUAUGCAGGCAUCUUCCUGUUCAUACUUUGAUUCUCCUGGCCUUAUGCCUGUUGCCUUUCAAGGGCACCAAGUGAAGGGAUCGGCAGCCAGUGAGAUAAUGGUGAGAGCUCCCUGCUCACAGCUAGGAUGGCAGCAGUACCCAGAUAACAUGGAGUUUGCAGCCAAGAGAUUUUUGUCACCCCUGUUUUCAAGCAACUAUGUCCUUUCUGACUUUAGACAGUCUCCUGGUUCAAGAACUCUUCAUGAGGAUGACAUCAGCUUUAUCAAAGAAGAGAAUUUUCAAAAGAAGUCUAACAUUAUUAAAGACUCAAGAAUAGAUCAGUCCCCACUGGCAUUGAACGUGUAUUCUGAAGUUCCACCACGGACAAUGUCAGGUUCACCUUCACCUUCUGAUUUGAGACAAACGCGGUGGACUCCAUGGGAACCUGGCAAGACGAUUUCACCAGUAGAACUGACUUCCUCACUUGAUCCAGACUCUCCAAUUUCUCCAGCUUCAGGAAGUGAGGAACCUAUUGGAGAGAUCCAGGAGCCCCUGAUACACAGCAUCUUGCCAAGUGAACCAGAACUUUCAGAAAUUUUUUUCACACGGGAGAAAUCCAGCUGUCCAGAGGAAUGCAACCUCUCGAGAUGCAGACCCACCGUUGAAACACGAACUCCGUUUGUCACCCUUCCUGCCACCGAGAAGAUUCCUGACGCGGUUUAUCCGACUGACAGCGAGGAGGUCCAGCAGUCUUUCGGCUCUUCAGUAGUCAAUUUAUGUAACAAGUCGGUGGUAUUUCCUAUUAGUGCUUUUGGCCCUGAGGGCAGAAAUUAUGAAACCUCUGUGUUUGGAGAGUAUACAGAAGACGGACAAAGGGAAUCUGUCCAACCAGCGUUCCCUAAUGUGACUUCGCAAUAUAGACAAAGCAAGUGGCUAAAAUAUCAAAACAGUGCUCGGUGUGACUUGAUAACUCAAAACAGCGACGAUAGGGAAGUGACUGAUGACAUCUGUGCUGAGAACGUCCUUGGAAUGCCCCUGGGUGACACAGGAGAGAGCAGAGCUGUGAAUAAAAGUGCUCCCGGCUCCGCACCUCUUCUGACAGCAAAGAGCGUGCUUGGUAAAUGCCGGGCAAAUACCAGCGACCAAGAUUUGAUUUCAGAGAGGAAGUUGCAUGCUCUGCACUUAAGUCAGACACCUUUGGCUGAAGCAACACAAAAGGUGUUAAGUCAUCUGAGCUGCCACACUGUAACAGGAGACGGCCAGGACAUAAUGAUUUCCGAGUUGUCUUUUCCUAACGUGGAUAAAGUAAAGUACGCUAAUCUUCCUAAAAGAAAGGUUUUCAUACCAACUGUGUUUCAGUCUCACGUUCAGUACAAACAGAUUUUUAAAGCUGCUCUGACAGAGCAAUUAAACAUAGUGCUAUUUGAGUUGUCACAGAGACUGCACAGUGCUCUUUCAAAAGCGGACAUAUCAUUUUACGCGUCAUUGAAAGAUGGGCACGGCGAGAGCAAAGCAAGCUGCCUUCCACUCUGCAAUCACAUGCAUCCUGCUAAGCUGGUUAUGGUUAAAAAAGAAGGUCAAAACAAGGGACGUUGGUUCUACACCUGUGACGCCCCAAAAGCUGAGCAGUGUUCGUUUUUCAAGUGGAUAGAAGAUGUGAACCCCGCACAGAUAAAAUCCAGACCUAGCAUAGCGCUUCAUGAUAUAAAAAGUAUUGGGAUGUACCUCAGAAGUCAAAAGAUUUGUCUCUAUGAGGGAUGCCAGCUUUUGGUGAGGAAAGCCUUUGAAAUGCAAACACAGCGAUGUAAUAAGUUCAAGAAAUUUAUGAAUACACCUGCCAGAUUUGAUGGCGAUUCCAAAAACAAAUUAUACCUCAAACUAAGCAGAAAGGAGCAUUAUUCUCUCUAUAGCAAAGAUGAUAUUUGGGUUGUUUCGAAGACUCUGAACUUUGAUCCCCUUGAUACUUUCAUUGCAAGUAGUGCUUUCUUUGGACCGUCCUCUAAUAACGAAGUAGAAUUACUACCACUGAAAGGCUACUGUCCCUCAAACUGGCGAUCAAAUAUGUUUGUUCAUGCCUUGCUGGUUUGUAACGCUAGUGGCGAGCUUACAUCUUUAAGAAAUAUGGAGGAGCACUUCAAUCCAUCUACGUUACCACUAAUACCGCAUCUACUAAAAAUGUAAUCACCGACUGAUCUCGCUACUAAGAGAGUCAACAAAAGGAAAUUUAUUCCACCUGCCAUCAGCCUGAAACGCACAAUGAUGUGUGGGCCUGUCAGCACUGAAGUGGCAAUGGGACUGGCUAAGAAGAUGAUCCAAACCUUCUCGUUGAACCCAGAUCAAGCUGCAUCACUGAUUCAGAUAGCUCGGAUGAUGACCUCACGUGAAAAUACCAAACCAGUGGAUGAACAUCACAUCUUCCCUAUCACAAUCAUACGUGGUGUUUUUGGAGCUGGGAAGAGCUAUCUGCUGUCUGUUGUGAUCUUGUUCCUAGUAGAGCUCUUUGAAAGCAGUGAAGCUACGGAGAGUCCAAGGCCAGCUCCAUGGAAACUUCUGAUUGCUUCUUCCACUAACGUUGCUGUUGACAGGAUACUGCUGGGUCUCCUUGAUCUUGGAUUUGAGAAUUUUAUCAGAGUGGGAAGUAUCAGGAAAAUCACUAAAGCAAUUCUUCCCUAUAGUUUACACGCUGGCUCAGGAAAUGAAAACGAGCAGUUAAAAGAGCUGCUUGCUCUCAUGAAAGAAGAUUUAACUCCAGUUGAAAAAGUAUACGUAAAGAAGAGUAUUGAGCAACACAAACUGGGGACCAAUAAAACUAUACUGCAACAGGUAAAAGUGGUUGGAGCGACCUGUGCUGCCUGCCCCUUCCCUUGCCUGAAUACUCUGAAGUUUCCCGUAGUGAUGCUGGAUGAGUGCAGUCAGAUGACCGAACCUGCUUCUCUCCUUCCUAUCGCGAGGUUUCAGUGUGAAAAGCUAGUCCUUGUGGGAGACCCUAAGCAAUUACCGCCAACUGUUCAAGGGUCUGAGAGUGUUCACGAAAAGGGGUUGGAGCAGACUCUGUUUGACCGGCUGUGCUUAAUGGGACAUGAACCGAUACUUCUUCGGACACAGUACCGAUGUCACCCUGCUAUUAGCGCCAUAGCCAACGAGCUGUUCUAUGAAGGACACCUGAUAGAUGGUGUUUCCGAGGAAGACAGAAGUCCUGUGUUGGAUUGGCUUCCAACACUAUGUUUUUAUAAUGUUCCUGGGGUAGAGCAAACUGAAAGAGACAACAGCUUUUAUAAUGUGGCAGAAGUUCAUUUUACAGUCAAGCUCAUCCAGGCUCUGAUUGCAAGCGGCAUAGAAGGAUCUGCCAUUGGUGUGAUUACUCUUUACAAAGCACAGAUGUCCAAGAUUCAGAAUUUGCUUAGCGGCGUACACUCGGAGGCUUUUGAAAUUAAAGCCGUCCAGGUGUCCACCGUAGAUGCGUUCCAAGGAGCCGAGAAGGAGAUCGUUGUUUUGUCGUGCGUAAGAACAAGACAGAUUGGGUUCAUAGACUCGGAGAAGAGAACGAACGUGGCACUAACGAGAGCAAAGAGGCAUUUGUUGAUUGUUGGAAGUCUGGCCUGUUUGAGUAAGAACAGACUCUGGGGAAGAGUAAUUCAUCACUGCAAAGGAUGGGAAAAUGGAUUGCAACACGUAAGCCAAUGUGAGCAGCAGCUAAAUGACAUUCUUAAGCGUUAUUUGGAGAAACAGAAGGAAGAGGAACAGAGUAAGAAAAAGGAAAAAUAAAGCGUG